GGGGCUGGCUCGGGAGCGUAUUCGCCGCCGGAGCCGCCGCUGCCGCCGCCAGCCGGGCAUGGCCAUGGCGUCCCCGGCCAUCGGGCAGCGCCCGUACCCGCUACUCUUGGACCCCGAGCCGCCGCGCUAUCUGCAGAGCCUGAGCGGCCCGGAGCCGCCGCCGCCACCGCCCGGCCGGUCCUCGCGCCGCUGCGUCCCCGCGCCCCGCUCCACUGCGCCCGGGGCGCUCGAGGGGAGCGGCGCCCGGAGGGCUGCCCGGGGGAACCUGGAGCCCCAACCCCGGGCUUCCCGACCGGCUCGGCCGCUCCGGCCUGGGCUGCAGCAGAGACUGCGGCGGCGGCCUGGGGCUCCCCGACCCCGCGACGUGCGGAGCAUCUUCGAGCAGCCGCAGGAUCCCCGCGUGCCGGCGGAGCGAGGCGAGGGGCACUGCUUCGGCGAACUGGCGCUGCCGGGCGGCCCCGGCUGGUGUGACCUGUGCGGACGAGAGGUGCUGCGGCGGGCGCUGCGCUGCGCUAACUGUAAAUUCACCUGCCACCCGGAGUGCCGCAACCUGAUCCAGCUGGACUGCAGUCAUCAGGAGGGCUCAUCCCAGGACAGACCCUCUCCAGAAAACACCCUCACCCCGACCUUCGGCCAGAACGUCUGUAGAGCUGUGGAGGAGACGCGGCGCCCGCCCACGCUGCAGGAGAUCAAGCAGAAGAUCGACAGCUACAACACGCGCGAGAAGAACUGCCUGGGCAUGAAGCUGAGUGAAGAUGGCACCUACACGGGUUUCAUCAAAGUGCACUUGAAACUCCGGCGGCCGGUGACAGUGCCUGCGGGGAUCCGGCCCCAGUCCAUCUAUGAUGCCAUCAAGGAAGUGAACCUGGCGGCCACCACCGACAAGCGGACGUCCUUCUACCUGCCACUCGAUGCCAUCAAGCAGCUCCACAUCAGCAGCACCACCACGGUCAGCGAAGUCAUCCAGGGGCUGCUCAAGAAGUUCAUGGUCGUGGACAAUCCCCAGAAGUUUGCACUUUUUAAGCGGACACACAAGGACGGACAAGUGCUCUUCCAGAAGCUCUCCAUCGCCGACUGCCCCCUCUACCUGCGCCUGCUCGCUGGGCCUGACACUGAUGUCCUCAGCUUUGUGCUAAAGGAGAAUGAAACCGGAGAGGUGGAGUGGGAUGCCUUCUCCAUCCCUGAACUCCAGAACUUCCUCACGAUCUUGGAAAAAGAGGAGCAGGACAAAAUCCAGCAAGUGCAAAAGAAGUACGACAAGUUUAGGCAGAAACUGGAGGAGGCCUUAAGAGAAUCCCAGGGCAAACCCGGGUAACCGGUCCUGCUUCCUCUGCUCCCGAUGCUCUCGGAUUUAUUUUUAUUGUUAAUUAUUAUUUUGCAACAGACACUUUUUCUCAGGACGCCUCUGGCGGGUGCAUUUGUGCCCGCCCAGCAGUUCCAGCCGUGGCACAAAGUCUCUUCCGUGGACGAGUGUUUGUGCGGGCUUGGCUCCUGCUCACCCCGACGCUGUGCUCCUCGACAGGCUCUGCCGGGGAUCAGAACUCGUGUGAAACAAACAGCGCUGUCCUCCCUCACUCUGCAAGCCUUCUGCAAACCAAACAGUUGCCUCUCUCGUCACCGGACUGGAACCUACCACGCCAGCCAGCAAAGGAAGGAAGGAAGGUUUUAGAGCUACGUGUUCUUUCUCUGGCUUUGAUUCUUCUUCAGUGUCCCUUGUUUGCCACCUACAGUACCUUUAUUUAUGAGUGAAAAAUUGUAGCACAUUCCCUUAGCAGGUCCUAGCUAAGACCCUGAAAGUAGGGUAAUGCUCAUAAAAGGACUGUCCCCACUGCCCCAGGGUGCCCGCUGUUCAUGCAAAAGGGAAGUUCACAAAGCCCCUGGCCCCAGAGCUCAGGGUUAGGAGGACCAAAGCUAAGACUGGAUCAGAGGGUUCCAGAGAAGCUGCAGCCUGCCCUGGCCCUGGCCCUGGCCCUCACUGCCCAAGAGACUGUGCACAUGUAAACCCAAAGGCAUGUAUAUCUGCGUAUGUGUGGUACUUAGUCACACCUUUGUCAACAGCUAUUUCUUUAUAAGUUACAAAUUUGAAUUUAAUAUUGCCGUAAUCCUCAUGUGUUUCCACCAAAGGGAAACCAGCUGUUUAUCAUUUUAAAAGUCUCCUGCUGAGUAGGGAAGUCAGGCAGUAAGAGAAAGCCAAAAAGCGAUGCAGAGAACCUCCUCAAAGCUGUCUUCACUCUUCCCCCAGCCAGCGAACAGAGGAGGGCCUGGGCUGCCUCAGUUUCCCCCUCGGCCUCCAGCACUGCCUCCCUCCUCCCAUGGGGAUCUGGGAUCUCCAGGUGCUGCCUAAGGAGUUGCCUUGAUCACAGAGGGGGAACCUCCAGCUCAGCCAACUCGGAGUCCUUUCUGUUCCGAAGCACGGGCCAGCCCAGCACUGCGCUCAGUGAGCCCGCGGGCCUGGCCUCCCCGCUGACCUCAGUGCCUUUUUGUUUUCAGAGAGAGACAGGAGCAGGGCGUGUGUGCCUGGAGCCCUGCUGCGGCUCACUUGCACCAGGAAGUGGACGACGGUGGUGUGGGAGGCGAGGCCUGGAGAGCCCUCCCUCUGGGUAUGGGCUGAGGGUCACAGACCUCCUUCCCAUCUGGGUGCCUGAGUUUUGACUUCCAAGAAGUGACAUGAGACCACAUUGACAGGGAGGCUCAGAUUCCUGACUCUACAUUUGUACUGGCUUCUUGUUUAGGGGGGUUGAAUCCUAAAAUAAAUUAGUCAAACAAUGCCAGCAAGUAGCCAGGACUGCGAAGACACUCCAAUGCAGAGGGAGGACUUGUAAUCUUCAUUCAAAGCAGGGC